GCUUGAAAGGCCGGGCUGGGAGCGCAGCGGCGGGAGCCUGGAGAACGAUGAGCCGAUGCGCGCGCGGUGCCCAGAGCCCAGCCCUGCCCGGCGCGGCUCCGGAAAGCCGCCCAGGGAACUUAGGGCAACGCCUUUGGGACCCCUUACUGGUUGGCAGGCAGGAUGGUGAGCUCCUUGCCUCUGGGUCGGUGGCCACCUGUGGGCACUGUGGAUGCACAGGGGAUCCUUGUGGAGUAAGUGUACUGGGAGCCACCUCACACCUGAUACAAAAGCCAGUGGUGGAGUGAGUGCUGCUAUUUUAAGUUGCUGAAUGGAACCUCUAAGGACAAGGGGAGGGGACAGAGGUUAAGCAGAUAGUGAGCCUGAGUGCCUGGCCAGCCUGGGCAGGCACUGCAUCUGUUUACUGGGGCACAUCUUCGCAGGGCUGCCUAUGCUCCCCAACUUCCCAGGCUGGCAUCCCCACCGCAGGCUUCCUGACCACAGGUGCUGGCCUCGUGCCCCAGGGCGCCUGUCUGCUGAUGUGCCCAGCUCCUGCCCACCAUGCCGCCCUCCAUCUCGGCCUUCCAGGCUGCGUACAUUGGCAUCGAGGUGCUCAUUGCUUUGGUCUCUGUGCCCGGAAAUGUACUGGUGAUUUGGGCUGUGAAGGUGAACCAGGCACUUCGCGAUGCCACCUUCUGCUUCAUCGUGUCCCUGGCGGUAGCUGACGUGGCCGUUGGCGCCCUGGUCAUCCCACUGGCUAUCCUUAUCAACAUUGGGCCACAGACCUACUUCCACACCUGCCUCAUGGUGGCCUGCCCUGUCCUCAUCCUCACCCAGAGCUCCAUCCUGGCCCUGCUUGCUAUUGCUGUGGACCGAUACCUGCGCGUCAAGAUCCCUCUCCGGUACAAGACAGUGGUGACUCAGCGGCGGGCAGCAGUGGCCAUAGCUGGCUGCUGGAUCCUCUCCCUUGUGGUAGGCCUGACACCCAUGUUUGGCUGGAACAACCUGAGUGCAGUGGAACAGGCCUGGAGAGCCAACGGUAGUGUCGGGGAGCCCGUGAUCAAGUGUGAGUUUGAGAAGGUUAUCAGCAUGGAGUACAUGGUCUACUUCAACUUCUUCGUCUGGGUGCUGCCGCCACUGCUCCUGAUGGUCCUCAUCUACCUGGAGGUCUUCUACCUGAUCCGCAAGCAGCUCAACAAAAAGGUGUCCGCCUCCUCUGGUGACCCCCAGAAGUACUACGGGAAGGAGCUGAAGAUCGCCAAGUCACUGGCCCUCAUCCUUUUCCUCUUUGCGCUCAGCUGGCUCCCGCUGCACAUCUUGAACUGCAUCACCCUCUUCUGCCCCACCUGCGAGAAACCCAGCAUCCUGAUCUACAUCGCCAUCUUCCUCACGCACGGCAACUCGGCCAUGAACCCCAUCGUCUACGCCUUCCGAAUCCACAAGUUUCGGGUCACCUUUCUGAAGAUUUGGAACGACCACUUCCGAUGCCAGCCCAAGCCUCCCAUUGAUGAAGACCUCCCAGAGGAGAAAGCUGAUGAUUAGACUCUGCCUUGCUCUGUCUAGCCCUCACCCAGUGGCUGUCUGUUCAUUCCCCACGUCCUCCCUCUUCCCCUGUCCCACUGUUCCCCUCAGCUCUCCCAGCUGGGAUGCGGGCUGUGGACACCAGGGAGGCUCUGAAGAGAUGCCCCUUCUAUAAGGAGCUAGCUGCCCUGUACCUUGGGGACCUGAAGGAGGCUUGGAGGUGGGGCGGGCUUUGGCAGGGAACUGGGUGGCCUGGGGUGAGCGGAGAGUCCUGUGUGUCCUGUUCCUGGCUGUUCUCUGAGCAGUUCAGAGGCCAGGGUUAGGAUAUUCUGGCUCCUACAGUCAGACAGGAGGGGAGCCUGCUAUUAGGUGUUGGUGGCCCAAGGGACCAACUUCAAGGUGAGGAAGACAGUCCCUUAGAUGUGGAUGGAUAGUGAGAAAUGGUUAUGUCCCAACUUUGCUGUCUCUCCUGUUCUGUAGGAGAAGAUAGUAAACCACAGGGAAGGAGACCUCAGCCCCCUCCCCCCACCCAAGGACUGUGUUCUUGGCCAUGCAGGUGCUGUGAUCUCUGCUCUCUUGACCUCGAGAAGCCCGGGGUCAUACUUGGGAGAGGCAGAAAGAGUAGGUCCGGGGAUUGUCUCUCACAUCUGCUCUGUUCACAGCCUGGGACUCCCAGUGGGCCACCAAGUCCUUGGGAAUUAAAAAUAGUGCAGAAGGUGCUGGCCUCAAAUAGCCAGCAGGGAGCAGCACUGAGCCCUUCUUGCCCUGAACUUCCUGGGAGCCUCCAAUGUAAUUUUCUGUCUGGGCCACCAAAGCUUCACCAACUCUCAGAGCAGGCCUGGACUCUCUUGAGGGACACCAUCUCUGCUUCCAAAACCCAGGAGAAGAGAGUCCCCAGGCAGAACAACCCUUGGGAGCAUGCUUCCCGAGGUGGGAGGAGGGGGCGGAGAGCAUCCAAGAGGAUCCCAGGAGACCAUGGGCACCCCUGGUGUGAAGUGUGACAGACCAGACCAGACCAGACCAGACCAGACCAAAGGAGACUGCUGUCCUCGGUGUGAGGAAGUGCCUUGCUGGCAUUUAAAGAUCCAAAACGCUCCUGGAGGUGGAUUUAGCUCAGAAGCUUUGUUACAAAUAGAGUGUAGGCUUUUGGGGGUGGGUGGGGUCUCAGGUAGGACCAGCCCAUACUCUGCUGAGCCUGGGUGUCGUCCUCAUAUGGGCAGCAGGCAGAGGAGGGUAGCAGGGUUCCUCCUCCUUGGAGUGUGAAUGUUGACUCCAAGUCUCCAUCCCAGGUUUUUCCCUCAGUUGGAGGUGAGGUGUCCCUGGCUCUCGCUCUCAAGGACGCCCCUAUGUCUAAUAAAAGAUUGUGAAUCCCUGUGGAGAGAGGGGUGCUGGCACCCCAGCACUGUCAGAGGCCAACCACCUCAGCGGAGAAGAUGUAAUGGUGGGGGUGGAGGGGAAGCUGAGAGAGGGCUGUGGAGGCAGAUGGAACAAGGAAGUUCCAGAGAUGGUGUGUCUGUUGCUAUAGUUACGCAUUUAGGGUGGCACAUUGUGAAUCAGAAACCAAGAUCCAGAACACUCACGUGUCUAAAAAAAUGCCCUGUGUCAUCGUGAGACCCUUCCUCUUGGCACUUUCCUAAUCUUGAUAGUGUCUCCCCUUCAUAGUAACAUGGUAUCUUCCCAUCUGAUGUGACCCUCACUGCCACAGAAGCCCCAUGCUAUAACACCACACACCUUUAUUUGAAUACUUCUCACACAG